AUGUUUCAAACUUUAGCUAGAGUGUUUAGGCCUAAGUCUAAAGAGCAAGUUAUCAGCAAGUAUACUAAAAACCUAGCAUCAAUAACUUCUCGUAUACAUGAUUUAGAAGUAAGACUUAAAAAUAACGAUAGUUUAUAUGAUGCAUGGAAUAAAAGGCUAAACUUUUAUGGCAUAAGCUUUCUGGUGCUCGUGGUCACAGUGGUACAUGCUAAGGAAAAGAAUAUGGCGCUUACUAUGAUGGCGAUUGUUGGGAGUAUUCUGCUGAUUUUAGGUCUUAAAAAGAUGUUUGCAGCAUUAAUUGACUAUCGAAGGAGUCGAAUAAGUGGAAAACUUGAUAUUGCAAGGGCUGCACACCAGGAGACUUUAGAGGAAUUAAAAAAAGAGACUAACUUUUACUCUACAAAUUCUUUAAUUCAGCGCUUCUCGUCAGGGGAGUCCCAGAGCGAGGAUGCACUUUUAUUAAUGGAUGAGGAACUCUCUUCUAAAUAUAAGGAAUUGAAUAAUUUAAAGAAUGAAUUAGCACAGUUAAAAGAGCAAGCAAACGGCAUGGUCACUUCUGACACUCAGGAGGUAACCGAUAAAUGGUUUGAUAAGGUAUUAGGGGUGCUUUCAGGAGGUGAUGUUCCUUCUUCGCUUUCAAUAGUCCCUAUUAAAUGCCAAAAGUGUGGAUAUCAUGCUGGUUGUUAUAUUUCACCGAAUUGGGCUUGGAAGUAUGUGUGCCCAAUGUGUGCAUUUUACCAGGAAAACAAGCAGCCCUCCGCCAGUGUUGUUGAACGCCAAAGUUCUGCUAACAGUGAGGGCGAACAUAAGAGCACAAGGUCGGAGAGAAGCUUAGGCUCGCAGAAAAGUUUAGGCUCUCAGAGAAGCACCGAGCCACCGGUCUCUUCAGAGAAAGAAAAGGAGCUAUAA